CUGACGCGUAUAAGGAGGAAAGUCACAGCUAUUGCUGCUGUAUCUCAGAACACCUCGCACCAGAAUCUACACCUGCUUCUGUAAGGCUUCUGGAGAUCCUCAUGGCAUCCUCCCACUCGAACAACGACGGCACCGAUCAGGUUCUGAUUCAAGAAUAUGGGUCUACAAGAGUUUUAACUUUGAACAGACCUCGGCAGUUAAAUGCUCUCUCUUUUCCAAUGAUUAUGGAACUCCUGAAGAAAUUUGUUGCUUAUGAGAAGGAUCCUAACGUCAAAUUAUUAAUACUUAAGGGAAAAGGAAGAGCAUUUUGUGCUGGUGGAGAUGUUGCUGCAGUAGCUCAUUCUGUAAUUGAAGGUAAUUGGACAUUGGGUGCUCAUUUUUUCUGGAAUGAAUUCAUCUUAAAUUACUUAAUUGCAACCUACAGAAAACCUCAGGUUUCCAUUCUAGAUGGAAUAGUAAUGGGUGGCGGAGCUGGUCUUUCUAUACAUGGGAGAUUCAGAGUUGCCACAGAGAAAGCGAUUUUUGCCAUGCCAGAAACAUCACUUGGAUUGUUUCCUGAUAUAGGUGCUUCAUACUUUUUAUCAAGGCUCCCUGGAUCUUUUGGAGAAUAUGUUGGGUUGACUGGUGCAAGGUUGGAUGGACCAGAAAUGCUUGCUUGUGGCCUUGCUACUCACUUUGUCCCUUCUAUGAAAUUGGCAUUAUUGGAAGAAGCACUAACAAAGGUGGAUACUUCAGAUCAUUUUUCUAUCUGCUCAGUUAUUGAUCGAUUUUCAAAUAAUGUGCCUGUGAAAGAAAGUAGUGCUUUUAAAAGCUUGGAUGUGAUUGACAAAUGCUUUUCCAAGGAAACAGUUGAAGAAAUUUUGUCUUCCCUUGAAUUGGAAGCUGUAAAUGCAGCUGAUGAGUGGAUUAAGGGUGCAAUCCAGUCCUUGAAAAAAGCAUCUCCGAUGAGUCUGAAAAUUACUCUAAGAGCGAUCAGAGAAGGACGAACACAGGGAAUUGGCCAAUGCUUGAUUAAAGAUUAUCGACUGUGUUGCCAUAUUUUGCGUAAAGAAGCUAGUAAAGAUUUCUUUGAGGGUUGCAGGGCUUUGUUGGUGGUUAAAGAUAAAAAUCCAAAGUGGGAGCCUUCUCGAUUGGAUUUAGUAGAUGAUAAAGUGGUGGAUAACUAUUUUUCCGCAGUCGAUGAUGCAAACUGGGAGGACCUAAGACUCCCUGCUAGACCUGGGUUAUCGUUCAAAUACGGGUCGAAAUUGUGAGAUUGUAUUUUCAAUACGAUCCCGGAGGACCUAAGACUCCCUGCUAGACCUGGGUUAUCGUUCAAAUACGGGUCGAAAUUGUGAGAUUGUAUUUUCAAUGCGAUCCCUAUCCCGAUCCCGACCUCACUUUACUAAUGCAUCUAUUUGUUUAGAACUGGAGAAGAGAAAAUAGAUGUGGAAUGACUACUGGUGCCACAAAUAAAUUCCCAGCAAGUUGGGUGAUGAAUGAUUUCUAGGCAUAAACAUUAUGAUUGGGUAAAUAAAGUCGAAUAAAACAUAUUUCAUUGGUUUCGAUAUC